AUGGCGCAUCCGAUGCGAGAGCACGCGUACAUGGUGAUCCCGAGGAGGAGGAGGGUCGCAGCGCCAUGGAAUGAGAGAACACCUGCCAUGUCCAUCACUAGAGAGUCCCUCCAACGCCUCUUCUGCAUGCGCCAGGUCCAUGCUGCAAGACACCUGGUAAGGAAGAUUGUUGUUCGUUUCAACCAUCUCGUUUUUGACUGUGUGGUUGAUGUGCAGGGCAUCUCGCUCACAGCCUUCAAGAACGCUUGCAAGCACCUCGGAUACGACCGAUGGCCAUACCAAAAAGAAGGCGACGGAGCAAGCCCUUCCCCCAUCAACAUUCAUGGCUGGCCUGAAAGUUCUGGUGAGGGGAGAACAACAGACACAGAGCAAGCAGGGGAGCAUGAAGGCGAUGAGUUUUCUGCACAGCCUCAAUCUCCUGCCUACCCCAUGCUCGACUGCACCAGCAAUAUAGAGCAAGAGAUCACGUUCUCGGAUACGUCUGAGGACUUGCAAUGCAAUUCGCCAGCAAAUCAAGAAAAUUUGUCGCCAUGGCAGGAGGAGACGACCGGGCUGCACGGAGCAGAGAAGCCCAACGAAGAGGAAGGCCAAGAUGUCGAGGUGCGACUGCACAGGGACUGGAUCGAGUGGUUCGUGGGGAUGGGGAAUGACGAUCCUACAAUCGAGUGGUGA